UUAUCAGUUAGUUCACUGAGAUUAGAUUGUUCCACGUAGGCUUAUUUCAAAAACAGGUUGCAGUUUACCUCUUGGUCUACACAUUACUCUUGAAAAAUGGUAGUUAUCUCCUGGUUGUUAAUAGCUUUACAUAACCACUUUUCACUAAGGGGAGAGAAAUCAUAACGAAUUUUAGAGUAAGGCCCAGGCUUAAAACACAAAAUAGGAUUUAUUAUUAGGAAGAGGAGGUUUGUCCCCUUCAUUAGAAAACUAUGUGUUGCUAAUGACUUCUCACAUUUUGAUGUACAAAUAGAAUGUCCGUGCUGCACUUCCAUCCAUCCGUCCCCGUGCUGGCAGCCUCUCUCCAGUCGCCCCACCCAACUGAAGGCGCUCCCUUGUGGUCCAGGAAAAGCUAGUAACUCAUUAGGGGGAGAAUCUGAUUUGGGGCAGGAGACAUGCGAACAUGGUCUGAAACGAUGCCUAUUUUUCUAUAGGAACUGUUUGAGUGUUCAUUGUAUCAGCUGGAGUUGCAGCUUGUGGACGCGGAUGCCGCUUUGGUUGGCGCCGAGUGGCUGACUGGUGCUGGAUGCUGAUGACAGGCCGAACCUGUUUAACAUCCUUCCCUAUCGUGGAUGGAGAUCAAAACCACACGAGCUGAAAGGUAAUAAAUCACGAAAACGAGAGCAAUAAGCCAGUCUGAUCCAGUCUGUAACCAGGGGCCAGGCGGUGAGAGGAGGAUUUACAGCGGCGGCGGUAGCAGCGACAUGUUCUGAGCGGAGAGCCGGCGAGUGGUGGCGGCUGGCGGGAUGAAGGCGCCGCGGACACCGAGGCAGAGGCGGCUCCUCCGGUUCUGUGUCUGUGGACUCGGUCUGCUCGCAGCCGCCUGGAUCCUUCACCUAAGUGAUGUUACAGGCUCCAUUGGACCCAUUGUGGAUCAUAACAUCUUGUCCAAGAGGGAGGUCGUCCAGCAAAAAAAAGACAACAACCAGACUGCAAGCAUUUCUAGAUCUGCUAUCAGUGAGUUUCCUGAAGACAUCUUUACUUUGGAGCAGAGGAGACAGGGAGCAGUACUCCUUCAUGUUCUCUGUGCUAUCUACAUGUUUCAUGCACUGGCUAUCGUGUGUGAUGUUUAUUUUGUGCCAUCACUGGAAAAAGUAUCAGAGAAUCUACAACUCAGUCAAGAUGUUGCAGGGGCGACCUUCAUGGCAGCUGGGAGCUCUGCCCCUGAGCUCUUUACCUCAUUGAUUGGGGUGUUUAUUACAAAGGGAGAUGUGGGUGUGGGAACUAUUGUGGGAUCAGCCGUCUUUAACAUCCUGGUCAUCAUUGGCAUCUGUGGCAUCUUCGCUGGACAGCCCAUCUCUCUGAGCUGGUGGCCUCUGUUUCGGGAUGCGGUCUUCUACAUCCUGUCUAUAGUGGUGCUUAUCCUGGUGAUCUUUGAUGAGAAGGUCAUGUGGUGGGAGACCAUCAUCCUGAUUUCUAUGUAUGGAAUUUACAUAAUCAUCAUGAAGUUCAACAGAUCUCUGUGCAGCCUGGUCGAGCGUCACUGCAGCAGGGCAGGUCAGCCAUGUCUGAGCAGCCUGCGACGGACGACUGCUGUUGGAAACAUUGGAGACUGUGACAAUGACAUGGUGCCGCUGAAACCAGACUCGUGUGUAGUGGCCGGUCAGGACUCAGGGGUUGUGAUGGUGGACGAGCUGAUGCACCUGCACCCCCACCAGCUGUCCCUCUCAGAGGCAAGCCUCCGCCUUCUCAUCACCCCGCAUUUUCCCCCCUUCACCCGCCUGCGCAUGGCAGGAUGCAUGGUCAUCAAUGAGAGGCAGAGGCUGAUUCGGGCUCAGGUUGGCCCCGAGGAUGGGGGAGCUUCAGGGGAGGAGGGUGCUGGCGUGGCGUGGGAGAGGGAGAACAGAACAGUGGCAGAGGGAGACCGACAGAUGCUGGAUGGAGAAAGGGAGAGGAGUAAAGAGAUGGGGAGGGGGACAAGUGCGGGAGCACAGCCUAAAGAGGAAGAGGAGGAGGAGGAAGAGCAGGACGACAGAGAGGAUGAGAAUGCUCCUUUCAAACCCUUUGUCCUGCCAGAUGGUUGGGGUGUGUGUCUGAAGUGGCUGCUCUCCUGGCCUGUGAGCAUCCUGCUUCACUGCACUGUCCCUGAUUGUAACCAGCCUCAGUGGGAGCGCUGGUACCUGCUCACGUUCCUGUCCUCUACACUCUGGAUAGCCCUCUUCUCCUACCUCAUGGUCUGGAUGGUGACCAUAAUCAGUUACACACUUGGAAUCCCAGACGUCAUCAUGGGCAUCACUUUUCUGGCUGCCGGCACCAGUGUCCCUGACUGUAUGGCCAGCCUCAUUGUCGCCCGACAAGGAAUGGGCGACAUGGCUGUAUCCAACUCCAUCGGCAGUAAUAUCUUCGAUGUGCUGCUGGGCCUGGGCUUCCCCUGGGCGCUGAGGACUCUCAUAGUCAGCUAUGGAUCAGUGGUGACAAUCAACAGCAAAGGCCUGGUGUACUCAGUAAUUCUACUGUUGGCUUCAGUCACACUAACUGUCCUGUGUGUCCAUCUGAAUCGCUGGAAGUUGGACCGCAGGCUGGGACUCUGCCUCCUGCUGCUGUAUGCCAUCUUCCUCCUCUGCUCCAUUGGCUUCGAGAGGCUAUAGAGGACAUCCACACUCUCUGUACACAUGUACUUAUAGUAUCACGAAAGGACACACAUGUAUGAUCAAAUACUUAGAAGUGGUCUGACUUGUUUUCCACCUUCACUGCUGCCAUUAUGAGUCAACUGCUCUGUCAGAAACGUUUUCAUUUCACAUCCUGGCAGCUAUACAUGUUCAAGCAGUGUUAUUAAGACACCGGCUGCCUGAAAGCAACAUUGUUUACCUUUGAUAAAUGAGUGUUUUACACAGUUUUGUACUGAACACCUCCAGCCCAAAUUUUGUGAAAUCACAUCCAACUGAUAAUGCACUGUCUCACAAGAGAUUUAUAAAAUAUGGAAUUUUUAUUCUGACACAAGAUUAUUCUAUAAAAGAGCCCAAAGUGUGUUAGUUUACAUAUGACUGCCACAUUAUGACUGCCACAAGUAACCUCAAUGAUGAUGAUUAUACAAGUACAUUUACAUAGUUGCUUCUCAGUCUGUGCAGUUACUUUAUGUAAAAUUUAAUGUCAAAUUCUCAUCACACCUUUGUGUCUGCAGCUGUAAAUAGCAUCGCACCAUUGAUCAUCCAACUUCAGAUAACUGACCUACAUGUAAGUCACUAUUGUCUUGGCCUUGUGCAUAACAUAGGUCCAAGCUUUUCCUAAAAGCUUCUCAACUCAGAUCAUGGUUUUGUGCUGGAACAAAUGGGGACUUUGUGCUAAAAGGUGUUUAUGAAGGUGUGCGUUUGGAGAGGGUCCUUGGGUUCGGUUAAAUAAAGCACUUCGUUCUGUGAGGUUUUUCUGUUUUUAACAUGAAUGCUCAUUAAUUUAUCCAUCUGAAACUUUCUUUAUUUGCACUUAAUAAAUGUGACAAGAAUUAGAGCAACGUAAGAAUCUAAUCAAAACAGUCUAAAUUUCAGCUUUUUACCACUAGAGUUUGGCUAAUGGAGAAAAAUGUAUUAAGACAUGCCAGUUUUAUUUGCUGACCUCCAAAAAAAGUUGCAUUUAAAGCAUAACAUUUGUCAUUCAUUAAAUCUCUCAAUUACAGAAAAAGAAAAAGGAUAAACAAAUGUAAAAACAACAUGAUUUAAAUUUAAUACAUUAUACAGGAUAUCCAUCUUAUCUUUUACCUAAGAUAAAUCAGGAAAAAAAAAUCUGUCGAUCACAUUAAUACAGCAUGAUGAUCACAGGAACCUUUGUAGCUGAUAAACAUUUUCAGCUUCAGCAGAAUUUGGGAUUUUUCAAGUUGGUCUUGAAACAGCAUUGACAUGUUCUUAUGUGCGUGGAAAUAGGUCGUCAAUGUGUUUAAUGUUUGCAAGACGAGAUUAAAAUCUCGGAAAAUUUGUAACACUGAAAAGAACUAAGUAUCUUUGUCGGACUUCCAAUUUUUAUUUUCAGGUUUAAAACCACGUUUUACUUAGUCAAAAUUUAUUUUCAGCCUUUCAAACCCCUUUCUUAGUGUUACAGAUUGUGUCUGUGGCGAAGGGAUACAUCGUUAUCAAGCUGUGCUAGGAGUUUAAGCGGAAGCGUUCGCAGAAGUUUGCAGCGUUUGUUGUUGGAGUAUUUCUGCGGUUUGUGGUUUUACGGCACCGGUAAAACCCGUUUUUGUGUCACGAUUACAAUUGUGCAGAUCUAACUGUUGUUCCAGUUUUUUUCCCCUCAAGUUUAUUCGUCCUGCUUCAUCUGCGCCCUGUACAAAGUAGAACACGGUUGUUCAUGGGCAAAACCGCUCCACAAAUUUUACCUGAGACAUUCUGAAUGGACCAAGCUUUGACUAAUGGACAAAAACACACCGUCUGCGAAGCUGGGACCGUUAUCUUUAUGUGGAGCCCAUUUCCACAGUAGAUGUUUGUGAGAGAAGCUACAAAGCACGGCCGUGCCACCGCGACCAGUCUAGCUAACAGGUAACAGCUGACGACGGGCUGCGAGUGCCCUCGUGGACCACAAUCUGGCAGAUAGUCUGGUGGCUGAACAUGCAUGCUCCUACUACUACAAUAUACUCUACUGCAGCUCGUCCCGCUGUUGAUGCUGUAGACAAAGACUUCUAAAGCUGAUAUGCAAUCUGGCUCAGCUACAUCUGGACAGAGCCUGGAUCUCUGGA